CGGCUGCGGCUCGGAGCGGCUUCAAGUCCCGGGUCUGGAUUUCUAACCUUACUGCAGGAGGAUAAAAGCUCAUGAACAUGGCUGUUAUGGCAAUGCUUUUCCCGGUUCUGAUCGCGAUUCCAGCAGCGUUUGGAUUAGAUGCUGAUUUUCAGGUUGAUCUGAUCACAGAGUUGGAUUCGGCCAAUGCUACACAUGGAAUAAGUCAAACUGCAGGACUUCACAACAGCAGCAAAGCCUUUCUCUUUCGAGAUGCACAGAGAAACGUUCAGGUUCCCUCCCAAAUCACAGAACAAAUACUGGAUUUGCUCAGGAACAAAAAUGAGUUCACAUUCAUGGCUUCCAUCCAGCAGAAGGCGUCCACAGCUGGAGUUCUCUUCUCCAUACACGAGUCUGAGUACAGCUACUUUGAACUGGAGAGUAGUGGACUUCGGGAGGAAAUUCGCUACAAAUAUCGCCACAAAGGAAAACAGCGAUCUGAGACUUUCCCAUAUAGACUAGCUGAUGGUCAAUGGCAUAAAAUUGCUUUGUCCAUAAGCGCCAGUCAUUUGCUGCUUCACGUGGACUGUAACAGGAUAUACGAGAGAGAGAUAGACUCUUCUGAGAUGGAUUUGACUGCAGGAAGCGGGAUUUGGCUCGGACAACGCAGCCACAGACACGGACUCUUCAAGGGCUCUAUGCAAGAUGUCAAAUUUGUUUUUUCUUCAAAUGGCUACAUUAUGCAGUGUCCCAGCCUCAAUCGCACAUGUCCAACAUGCAGUGAUUUUCUCAGCCUCGUGCAGGGAAUAAUGGAUCUGCAGGAGCUUUUGGCUAAAAUGACAUUGAAGUUGAACUACGCUGAAUCCAGACUGAGUCAGUUGGAAAGUUGUCACUGUGAAAGGACAUGCAGUGUGAAUGAUGUUGUAUAUCGGGAUAAAGAACUCUGGACUGAACCAGAAAACUGUAGAACCUGCACUUGCAUGAAUGGUGCCGUUGAGUGUCGGAGAAUAUUUUGCCCUCCUGUGAACUGUUCAGAGGAUUCUCUACCUGUUCACGUGGAUGGAACGUGCUGUAAGAAAUGCAGAUCUAAAUGCACCUACCUGGGCCAAACUCUUUCAGAGGGUCAGCGUGUUUUCCUCCAGAGCUGCAAAGAGUGCAGGAACGGUCUGAUGGAAUCGGUGAAUGAAAGCUGCCCGAGUCUCAACUGCACCAUAAACGACCAGAUUUUGCCAGAGAACAGAUGUUGCAACGUCUGCAGAGGUCAUGAUUUCUGCGCAGAAGGAGUUCUCUGUGGAGAAAACUCUGUUUGUAAAAACCGGAAUAACAAAGCAGAGUGCGAAUGCAAGAGCGGCUACGUGUCUAUACACGGAGAUUCAACCUACUGCGAAGAUAUAGACGAGUGUUCCACACAGAUGCACUACUGUCAAGCCAACACAGUGUGUGUUAAUUUACCUGGAGGACAUCGAUGUGACUGUCUUCCAGGAUUCUCCAGAGUGGACGACUUCUCCUGCACAGAGCGUGACGAGUGUGUGAGCGGUCAGAGUUCGUGUCAUGAGAACGCCAUCUGCACUAACACCAUCCAUGGCCACCUGUGCACCUGUAAGCCAGGAUUCAUGGGUAACGGCACCAUCUGUACAGCAUUUUGUAAGGAUGCCUGUCUCAACGGGGGAACGUGUGCGUCUCCAAACACGUGUGUGUGUCCUUCAGGCUUCACCGGACGCCUCUGUGAGACAGAUGUUGACGAGUGUGUGGAAAGUCUCGCUCAGUGCCACACACACUCUUUAUGUGCCAAUCUGCCCGGAUGGUACCACUGCCAGUGUCGGAGCGGUUUCCAUGACGACGGCUCUCACCUGCCCGACGGCAGCUCCUGUGUGGAUAUUGACGAGUGUACCAUGCACACACACACAUGCUGGAACGACUCAGUGUGUGUGAACCUGCCAGGAACCUUCGACUGUGUGUGCAUGAACGGCCCAGAAUGCACUGGGGACUGUAUACACAGUGAAGAGCUAAAACACAAUGGACAAGAGUGGAGCCUCAUCCACGAUCACUGCACUGUGUGCACCUGUAAGGACGGCAGAGUGUUCUGCAGGCGGAGAGUGUGUGACUGUGCCGCUCCUGACCUGGAUCUGUCCUGCUGUCCGGAGUGUGACACGCGCCAGAGCAGUCAAUGUGUUCAUCAGAAUGGACACACAAUUUACCACAGUGGAGAAUCCUGGAUCUAUAAUUGCCAGCAAUGUCGAUGCCUGCAGGGAGAGGUGGGGUGUGUAUCUCUCUUGUGUCCUGUCCUACUGUGUAAUCACUCGACCAUGUUGGAGGGGGAGUGUUGUCCUCGCUGCAUUCCUGACCCCUGUGUCGACGACAUUGAGACCUCUGACCCCAGGCAGACAUGUCACGACCCCGACGGCGUCACACGCCUCAGCGGCGCCAUGUGGAGCGAUCGCAAUGCACCAUGCACCACCUGCACAUGCAAGAACGGGAAAAUCUGCUGCUCGGUCGAUUUGGACUGCAUCCAGAAUGAUUAAACGUGUCGCCUUUUCAUCGCCAAGCUUUUUUUAUUUUUCUCUCCGCGUGGACCAGACAGAUUUUCAGAAGUCUUACAAGAAAUAUAUAAUGCUGUUUUUUUUUUCCUUCUGGAUCCCACCUGUGGCACUGACAUUCGUUUGCUGUACAACUGUACAACGACAUUCUGGGUUUAUGGCUUCUUCUUCUCAGCAGCAUUUAGAAAAAAAGGACAAAUGCACCAUGCAAUACUGUACACACUACUGUAUUCCCCGGAUGAUAAGUUGCUCCUGAGUGUAAGACACAACACUUCUCCGUUUGUUUGCUUAAAGGGAAAAAAAUAUAUAUUGACUCUAAAAUCAACUCUAGAAAGUGUAGAAUAGUUUUUCUCCCGUUAGUGUUGCUGUAGUUCAGCACUGUAAUGUUUCCUGAGCUGAGACUCCUGUUCAUAAUCCCUCCUUAAUUCUUUAACGUUACAAUAAUGUUCAUUUCCUCUAGCGUGCCUGUGUGUGUGUGUGUGUGUGUGGUUCACAAAGAUCUAUUGUGUGAUCAAAUGGAACUGAGGACUUUUUUGUUUGUUUGUUUGUUUGUUUUUUAAUAUAUAUGUAAUGUAUAGAUAUAUAAUUUGUGCAUUUGCCUGCUUGUAAUAUGUCACAUCACUGUACAAGCUACAAACUGCAAAAAAAAAAAAAAAAAAGGGUCUUUUCGCUUGAAAAACACUAUUUAACCCGCCCACAUUAUCUCAAAGCUUCUUCUUGGAUGUCACUUCAGCACCAAUAUUACCUCCUCGUUCCUCAUUUACAAAGCUCCGCCCAAAUGUAUUUGUUUUUUUCCCCCACUGUCUGGGAUUUCUGCAGCACACGGGACCUUUGCUGAAUUUACAGGAGACUCAGUGAACUCGCUCUGACUUAAAAUCUGUGUGUGUAUAUAUAUUUGUGUGUGUGUGUGUGUGUGUCCUAAAAUCAGGACUGAGCCCUCUGGACCUCAACAAGCACCGGGCUAUGAAAUGUUAAUGCGAUUUGUAAAGUAGCUUGUAGAUC